AGAGAGAGGUGUGUGUAAUCAAAAUUAGUCGAUCCAACUGACGUUUAACAUCUGAGAAGAAGGUUUAACAGAAAGAAAGAGACAGAGAUAAAUAGAGAAAGAGAGAAAGAGAGAGAGAUACAGACAGAAAGAGAGAUAAUAAAAAGAAGAAAAACAAAUAAAGAAAAAAAAAAAAGAUGCAACUGUUCAUCCUGUUUAAAUUUCCCAUUCUUCUUCUUCUUCUUCUUCCUACGUUCUCGGCCGAUACUACCUGGCCAAAAGUCAUUGAUCCCUUAAUGACAGUACGAAGAUCGUAUCACUCGCAACUUCAAACAUCAACUACAAGUUCGGUGGAUGAAAAGGAAUGUGUCGAAUGCAAUCAAAACAAGGUCGUUGUCAACGACCAAAAUCCUAUACUAACCGAAUUGAGGGUCGAGUACGUUAAGCAACAGAUCCUAAAGAAAUUGAGGCUCUCAAAGCCUCCGAAUGUAUCGAUAUCGCUGUCGACCUUGCCGAAGCCAUUGAUAAACGGCAACGUGCUCGAACUUCGACCCGGCGCGCCACUUGAACCGGAAAAAUCGGCUGAGAGUUUCUAUGGUAAAACCGAUCAAAUCGUCGUCUUUCCUUACGAAGGGAUAGGAGAUACGAAGAAAUGCCUACAAAGUUCGAAUCACUUGACGGGUUUCAAUCCAGCAGCUUGCUUUACGUUUUACUUGCCAAACGAAAUGCAAUUCGUCGAUGUAACUUCGGCACAACUUUGGUUUUAUAAGGAAUACGACGAGAACGACGAUCUCAACCAAACUUUUGUACUAUCGGAAUUGGAUCAUUGGGACAAAGGCGAAAGAUUCGAAAAGAACACAAUGGUGGCAAUUUUCGAUACCGAUAUAGGAGGUUGGGUAAAGACGGACGUGGGUUUUACAGUGAGAAAGUGGGUGGAAAGGCAUCAGCUGAACCAUGCGAUGCAAAUAACCUGCAGCACUUGCUCGAUCGACCGUGACACUGCACCGGUCUCUAUCGAGCAAACACUGAAGCCCUUCUUAGUAAUACAUACGUCACCGUUGCCACAAAAAAAUCGACCAAAAAGAAACUCCAAUUGCUUACCGGAAAUGAAGGAAUGUUGUAGAGACGAACUCUACAUUAACUUUGCAGACAUUGGCUGGAGCGAUUGGAUACUUCAUCCUAGAGGUUAUCACGCAUACUUUUGCAGAGGAUCAUGUUCAACCGCGGCAACUUUGACGAUCAGUGCAACAUCUCACACCAACGUUAUCAUGAAAUGGAAGACAAUACAUCGUGGAAACGAGAUCGUCCCGUGUUGUUCGCCGACUCAACUCUCAGCGAUACAACUUCUAUAUGUUCACACUAACAACACGAUACAGCAGAAAACCUUACCAAACAUGGUAGUCGAGGCUUGUGGUUGUAUGUGACCAUCACUAUUUCAAAUAAACGAAGAGACAAAGAAAUAUAAUAGAAGAAUAAGAAAUAAAAGAAAAAUAGGAGAAACAAGAAAAAGAAUCGGAUGGCUGACACCAUCCGAAACUUAAACUUUCCUUUGUUGUAUCUUCGAACACAUACAUAUAUAAACGAAUUUGAUACGCAGCAUUCUCCAAUUUUCCUUCAGAUCCAUUCUGAAACGAGUGUUCUUCGAACGGAAACAUAAAGGCAAACGAAAAAGAGAUACGUACAUGGUGUGUCCCAAAAUAUAAGUAUAAAAUAUUUUAAGGGGUUAGUUCCGAUAAAUUCAAACGAUAAAAACGACAAAAAAACAAAAAACAAAAAAAAAGACCAAAAAAAAAACGAUUCGUGUAAAAAUAUGUA